AUGGAUGCGCUCGACUCAGCUCUGCGCGUCUGCCAGUCAGUCGCCUUCUGCUUGCACUGCGUCAUCGGCCUCACCGAGCCGUUCCAUCACAUGCUGAAUACGCUCACGGAGGACAGCCUGCCGUACCCGUCCAUUUUCUUCCCCGUGGCUGGCCUCUGCUUGGCGACGGUUGCAGCAGCCAAUUUCUCCGACGAUGACAUCGUGGUGCUCGCCGCGCAGGCGUACAUCGUGGCGUUUCAUACCGGCGGCGCGUACACUCACAUCCGCAUCAACCACCAUCCAGCCACUGCCGUAGCGCCUGGCUUCUUUGUUGUGCUGGCGUUCAUCGUCAUCGCGCUGCGAACAAACGUUUUGAUAGCGCUGGUGGUGACGGCUUGCUUCGUUGGCGUCGGGAUGGUGCUCGGGCGGCUGAUGGUGAGGCCAAACAAAGGGUGGAAGGCAGCGCUCCUGAAGGACUCGCGUGGAUCCCUGGCUUGA